UUCUUUCUCAAAGUCAUCUCUUUUCUUAAAACACUUCAAGUUCGUACACACAUUUUCGCACUUCUUUCUCUUACCGAACCACCAAAACACUCGUCACGCGCCACGAACUCCCUCCACAUUCCCCACUUAUCACUAUCUCUCUCUCUCCCCUCUCCGUCUAUGGCGUCAGACGCCGUCAAGUAUACGCCGAUUCACAACGGAACAACAACAACUACAACAACAACCGCCGCCGCAGCCGAAAUCAAAAGCUUCUUCUCCGCCGUGAAACCCCGAAAAACCUCAACUUUCGCUUACGCCUUCGUAAUCACCUUCGUCGCUGUCACUCUCUUCUUCGCCUUUAGCCCUUCUACAAACUCGUCUUCCCCUUGGUUCUCCAACAUCUUCUCUUCCUUCUCCUCCACCACCACCGCUCCUUCAUCAGACGGAUCUCACUUCUCUUCGAUCUUCUCCUACAUCAUCCCCAACGCCACUUCAACGACCCCCACCAAUAGAUCUAGCGACGCCACCUCUAACACCACCGUCCCUGUCCCCGACGUCGCCAAAAACAGUACUUUGCAAUCACCGGCGCCGGAAAAUCGAACUCCGGUUGCUAAAAACACAACCUUUGGAUCUCCGACCAUAAACGGAACCAACCCAGUUGCCAAAAACAGUACUUUACAAGCACCGGCGCCGGAAAAUCGAACUCCGAUCGCUAAAAACCCAACCUUUGAAUCUCCGGUCGGAAACAGAACCAACCCAGUUGCCAAAAACAAUACUUUACAAGCACCGGCGCCGGAAAAACGAACUCCGGCUGCUAAAAACGCAACCUUUGAAUCUCCGGUCGUAAACGGAACCAACCCAGCUUCUCAACCUCUGCUUCCAGAUAAGUCUCCGACAGGAUCGAGUAAUCAGACACGAACCGCCACCGAUGAUGUUCGAAACCAGACAUCAGCUCCACCCGUGUCGGUAGAUCUGACAGCCAAUUCCAGUUCAUCAAGCAAAGGUGAUUCAGUUUCUUUAGUGAAGCAAGAGAUCGAGAAAUGGAGCGAAUCUCUAAAGAACUGUGAGUUCUUCGACGGUGAAUGGAUCAGAGAUGAAACAUACCCGCUUUACAAACCAGGUUCGUGUAAGCUCAUCGACGAACAGUUCAACUGUAUAUCAAACGGACGACCCGACAAAGACUUUCAGAAACUCAAGUGGAAGCCUAAGAAAUGUAGUUUACCAAGGUUAAAUGGAGGUAUAUUGCUGGAGAUGCUUAGAGGAAGAAGACUAGUGUUCGUGGGUGACUCUCUGAAUAGGAACAUGUGGGAGUCUCUGGUUUGUAUACUCAAAGGAUCGGUGAAAGAUGAGAGUAAAGUCUAUGAAGCUAGAGGGAGACAUCAUUUCCGUGGGGAGGCUGAGUACUCUUUUGUAUUCCAAGAUUAUAAUUGCACGGUGGAGUUCUUUGUUUCGCCCUUCUUGGUUCAAGAAACUGAGAUUGUUGACAAGAAGGGAACAAAGAAGGAGACUCUAAGGCUUGAUUUGGUUGGGAAGUCCUCAGAGCAGUACAAAGGAGCUGAUAUUAUUGUCUUUAAUACCGGACAUUGGUGGACUCAUGAGAAAACAUCCAAAGGGGAGGAUUAUUAUCAAGAAGGAAGCAAUGUGUAUCACGAACUCGCGGUACUUGAAGCUUUCCGUAAAGCGUUAACCACAUGGGGUCGAUGGGUUGAGAAGAACGUGAAUCCUAACAAGUCUCUUGUUUUCUUCCGAGGCUACUCCGCUUCGCAUUUCAGUGGCGGGCAAUGGAACUCGGGAGGAGCAUGCGACAGCGAAACUGAGCCGAUCAAGAACGAGACGUACCUAACACCGUACCCGUCUAAAAUGAAGGUGCUGGAGAGAGUGUUACGGGGGAUGAAAACCCCCGUCACGUAUCUAAACAUCACCAGAUUAACGGACUACAGGAAGGAUGGUCACCCGUCGGUCUACAGGAAACAUAGCUUAUCGGAUAGAGAAAAGAAAACGCCGUUGCUGUACCAAGACUGUAGCCACUGGUGCCUCCCGGGAGUUCCUGACUCUUGGAACGAGAUACUAUACGCUGAGCUGCUCGUUAAACUCAGUCAGCUUGGCAAAGCAAGACGGGAUCCUUGAGAGGUGUUUUUCCAUCUCAGAACAUUUGUUUGAUCUCUCAAUACUUUGGUUUCUUCUGUUUGAUUGUUUUUAGUUUGAGUAUAGAAUGUGUAGAGUAAAAAAGAAAGAUGAAAAAUAUGAUUUAUUCUCGGAUAUAUUUUCCACUAUUUUGUUGUAAAUGCUUUAUACCUCCAAAGAGAAGUUACAUAUUAAUA